UCCGUCCUUCCACCCCCAAGAUGGCGGCGCCCUGUGGAGUGUUAGAGGGACACUGAGCUGGGUAUAUAUGCAGAUCUGUUAAGAUGAAAAGUCUACGUUAUUUAUUCCUUGCACGCCAGCUGUGUGUUAAUGCAAAAUGGCUGCAUUCUACAGAACCACACAGGACCCAGGCGUGUCGUACUCUGCAUACACCUCCCUCAAGGCGCCCGCCCCAGACCAAAUCACAAAGCUCUCUGAUAACAUAUGAAGAUGUGUUUGACCAAGAACAGCGGAGCAAAGCCUCUUUUGUUGAGGUGCUCGAUCUGUUCUGUAACCGAGACAUCCGGCGACGAGGUCACGUGGAGCUAAUUGAAGCUGCUCUCAAGUGGAUGCCGGAAUUUGGAGUAGAGAAAGAUCUAGAAGUCUACAACAAGCUCCUUGAUGUGUUUCCUAAAGAGGUCUUUGUCUCUCAAAAUUACAUCCAGAGAAUGUUCAACCACUAUCCACGGCAGCAAGAAUGCGCCAUCAGAGUGCUGGAGCAGAUGGAGAACUAUGGCAUUACCCCUAACAGCCAGACUCGAUUCCUUCUGCUGCAGAUAUUUGGAGAUCGCAGUCAUCCCAUGAGAAAAUACCAGAGGUUAAUGUACUGGUUUCCUCGGUUCAAGCAUACUAAUCCUUUCCCAGUUCCUGAAACAUUAGCUGACCCUGUAGACCUAUCAAAGGCUUGCCUCCAGCGUAUAACAGCAGAUAAAGAUGCACGUACUACUGUGUAUCAGAUGCCCUCCACAGAAGAGAUAGAGGAUGGGGAAGGGCAGGAGAAUACGUAUAUUGUUGGUAUCCAGUCUCCAGAUCAAGUUGCCCUCCUUGCUGAACAUGACACCACCAUGCCUGUCUUGGUGGAAGGGCCUCAUCCCUUGUGGCUAAGAAAGACCUGUGUGUAUUAUUAUGUUCUGCGUGCUGACCCUUCAACCAUAAAGAAGGAGGUGGAGGUGGACCCCGAGAGAAGUCUUUACUAUCCUAUUAGCCUAGAUCUAGACCUCGAAAGAGAUUUUUCUGAAGAGAACACCUUUGAUGUGGAGGAAGUGAACGAAGGCCCCGUCUUUGCAAUGUGCAUGGCAAGCUCUGGAGAUGAGAGGACAUUAGGCAAGUGGAUUCAGGGUCUUCAAGAGACCAAUCCUAUUCUGGGAAAAGUUCCUGUUCUCUUUCGGCUGAUCUCGAGCCCUCAUGAGCUGGCACCUGUGGAGAUUAAAGAGAAAGAAAAAACACCGGAAGUGGAUGAAGAGGUUGAAAACGAACCAGUGCAUCGUAGAAUGGAGCAGUAAUGUCUUGGUGGAAGUGGGGGG